AUGAGUCAUAUUCCAGGAGUAUUGUUCUUCUGGAAAGAUCCGGAAAGACCAAUUAAUAUGAUACUUCUCCAGUCAGAUCAGUCCAAGAGUUUUGACCAUUUAACUAUCCAAAAUGCAACCACAGUACCCCCAAACAUCAACAAUAUCAAACCAAUAACCUCAGAAUUCAACUAUGCUCUUGAGCUUAUUUGCAAACAUUUUGCCAAUGCUCAGAGCAAACAAGAGCAAAUUAAUAUAUAUCAAUUAAUAGAAAGAACUUUGAAACAAAUCGACGUACAGAAACUCAAAAAUCUGAAGGGCCCAACAGUAGUUGAAGCCAUUAAAGGCCAACCAAAAAAUACCAAGCACAAAAUGAUUGCAUUAGAACAUUGCAUCAAUACCAAAAAAGAAAAAACCACAAAAAAAUUAAAACAGAAAAAGAACAAAAAAGCAAAAAAAAUAUCCUCCACUAAAGAGCAAAAAGCCAUCAAAAAUAUUAUCAACCUUGGGCUAUCAUGCGAUCCCACAUUACUAAUCAACCUCACAAUCGCACCAAAACAUAUAUCGACAAUCUUUUCUCCUGAAGCAAAUGGAAAUUGUGGAAGAAUAGAGCAUGGCAAUAUGCCUGCUUCCAAUAACCCACUCAUCUGCAGUCUCCAAGACAAGCGCUCACCUCUCCCCCAGCAACAUUGGUUCGGUACAAUCGACCAUCCUCAACUUGUAGCCAAUACAUUUACACUGGGGGAUUAG